CUUCAAACUCAACGACGCGCAACUACUUUAGCGGUACCUCUCUUCUUUCUCGUCAAUUGCUUAUUUGCUUGUUCUCAGCGUCAGUACACGCAGAGCUAAGGCCCAAUUUUAGGCGACUUGCGAUUUCUCAAUUCUCAGGUUUUUAAAAAUUUUCAUCCGUUCCGAUCCAGCUACGAUGGCCAUCUCAAAGCCCGAAUUAGCCUGCGUCUACGCCUCAUUGAUCUUAGCCGACGAUGACAUCGAUAUCACGGGAGAAAAAAUCCAAACAAUCCUAAAGGCUGCCAAUGUUGAAGUUGAACCAUACUGGCCUGGUUUGUUUGCCAAAGCUUUAGAAUCUGCAAAUGUUAAAGAUUUAAUCUCGAACAUUGGAUCGGCAGUAGGAGCUGCACCGGCUGCAGGUGCCGCAGUUGCUGCACCAGCGGCUGAAGCCAAGGAAGAAAAGAAAGUAGARAAGAAGGAAGAAGAGAGUGAAGAGGAAGAUGAUGAUAUGGGCUUUGGUCUAUUUGAAUAAAAAUCAACUCCAUCGACUGACUUACCUCUACCAAAAUAACAACAUUAACUUUAUUUGUAUUAUUUUGUAACUUGUACAACUAUGCAGUUUAAAUUAAAUGUUGUUAUAUUUUAAUA